AUGCGCUUCUCAUUCGCUGUCAUCUCUGCACUUCUUCUGGCCUCGCACAUCUCUGCCGGCAAGACCGAGCCUAAGACGCUUCAAAUUGGUGUCAAGGCAAGGAACCCUGAUCCCAACUGCGUCAAGAGCAAGGACGGUGACAAAUUGUCCAUGGAGUACACUGGUACUCUCUGGGCCACGGGCGCACAGUUUGAUAGCUCCGUCGGCCGUGGUCCCUUUGAUUUCACCCUUGGCGAGGGCAUGGUCAUUAAAGGCUGGGACCUGGGAUUGCGUGGCAUGUGCGUUGGCGAUAAGAGAAAGUUGUCCAUCCCCGCACACUUGGGAUACGGUGAACGUGGUGCGGGUGCUUCAAUCCCUCCCAACGCUGCUCUUGUGUUCGAGGUUGAGCUUUUGAAGAUCAACGGCAAGGGUGCUAAGGACGAACUUUGA